GAUGGGGAACAGUGCAUCAUCUUUGGGGAAUUCAGCACCUACACCUCUGAACCAGAUACAAGAAACAAUUUCCAGUAACUGUGUGGUGAUUUUCUCAAAAACGUCCUGUUCUUACUGUACAAUGGCAAAAAAGAUUUUCCACGACAUGAAUGUCAAUUAUAAAGUGGUGGAAUUGGACAUGCUUGAAUAUGGGAACCAGUUUCAAGAUGCUCUUUACAAAAUGACUGGUGAACGAACUGUUCCAAGCAUAUUUGUCAAUGGAACUUUUAUUGGAGGUGCUACCGACACUCACAAGCUUCACAAAGAAGGCAAACUGCUUCCACUAGUUCAUCAGUGUUACUUAAAAAAAAGUGAGAGGAAAGAAUUCCAGUGACUUAGGUUCGGACUAUAACUGGUAAAUGUCAGUUAAAGUGAUGAUACCUGAUAAUGUCUUUUAAAUGAUGCUGACUUAAAUAUGUGAAUUAUCUUCAUGACAAUUAAAAAUAAUGAACAACAAAUUGCUGUGGAAACCUCAUCUUUCUACUUGCCAAUUCUUGAGCAUAAGAGAUAGUGUUGGUGGUGUUGAAUGGAAAAAUGAGGUAAGAAUGUGUUUAACUGGAAUUUAUGUAUGAAUUUUACAAGGAGAUAAGCAUUUCAAGUUCUUGAAUCUCUAUAGUAUUUAGGAAUUAAUUCCUUAUUGCUUCCAAUCAUAAGGAUUAGUAAUGUAUGAUUUUCUCUAAAAUUUAAGGAUCAUUGCUACAGUUGUGAACUAGGUAGAGACAUCUCCUAUUAUAUUGUGAAAAGCAUUCACAUUCUUUGUAUUUCUAGAAAUAAAUUUGUAGAAUGGAAUUUAUCUCAGUGAAACCAGAUCACUUGUUUAAUGAUUUAAUAGUUCCAGGGGACACAAAUGUACGUAUGGGUGGAAAUUAAAAGGAAGACUUUCAGCAUGUUAUGAGGAUGAACUAUUAUGUGCAGAUACAAGUUAGAAAUGUACUUGAAUGACACUGAGGAGAGUUUUUGCUUUCCAGAAUGUGUUGUAUUACUGUUUGAAAUGUUCCUAGGGAAACCAGCUACUGGAUGGAACCUUAGAUGGAAUGUUUCUACUUUGGUUGGAUGGGCCCCCUUAAAAUUCUUACAUUGGGAACUAAUCCUUGAUGUAGCAGGGUUGAGAGGUGGGACCUUUAAAGGGUGUCUAGGUCAUGAGGGUAGAUGCUUAAUGCUGUUAUCAAGGGAGUAGCGUCCUGAUAAAAGGAUGAGUUUGGUUCCCUUUUCUCUUUCAAGUGCAUGAGCUGUAUUGUUCUUCACCUACUGCAGUGGGAUGGUGCAGCAAGAAGGGCGUGGCCUAAAGUGUGCCCCUUGAUCUUGGCCUUCUGGGCCUCCAGAGCUGUGAGAAGUAAAUCUGUUGAUACUAAUUACUUAGUAUCAGGUGUUCGGUUACAGUAACACAAAACGGACCAAGUUGCUGAAGUCAUUUCUACUGUUAAUAUUCUGCUAUUCUGGAAACACUAAACUGAUUUCAUUUCAGUUCUACUUAGCAAACGAUUUAUUCUAUGGGAAGCCUUAUUUUAGAAUAAUUGAAAUAUUUUCAUUGCUUUUUAAAGUCAGUUUUCUGGCUUCUUAUCAAUAAUUUUUUAAGGGUUUACUACACAAAUUACUUUCCUAUUUCAUUGUCAGUCAAAUGUGGGGCAGAUUACCAGGUGCUAAGAAAACUUCCUCAAAGGUGGGAGGAAAAUGGAUUUCCAGAGUGAAUGCUUUUGUUUCUGGUCAAGAUCAGGGAAUUUGGGACAGAUAGGUUUAAACUGUCAUUAAGAAUCCUCGAUAAUGCAAGAGUUUAUACUAUAUAUUUUGCAUGUGGUGAUUCAUUUGUUAUAACAUUUGAAUGAAACAGAAAAUGGACUAUCUUAGUCCUGUGUCAUGAAAAUUUUUACAUGCUUGCUGUGUUGUAAAAUCUUUGUUGGAGGAAAUCUGUUACCCAUGAGAAAGAUAAAAUUGUAAUUAUAUACCAUCAUUAA